AUGUCGUCCAAGUCGCCUGACGAAAGGUCGCCACUAGUUGCGGUAUCUUCCGCGCCGCUGUAUACCCAGGAGCCCGAAGCACUCAAGCUUUCGCCCGCAGACACCACGUUUUCUAACGAGGCUCGAUAUGUGGUCACCAAUUCAAUUCCGGUGCUUCUGACCUUCGUGUUCCAGUAUCUUUUCCAGAUAAUGAUUCCUAUCUACUUCUCGAGCAGGCUCGGGGAGACGUAUCUCUCGGCGUGCUCCUUAUCGCUCACUACGUUCUACGUCACAGGACCUGUGGUAGUGAAUGGAUUUUCCACAUCCAUGGACACUUUAUGCUCCACAGCUUUUGGAGCAGGCAGCUACUCCAAAGUGGGUCUGUAUUACCAACGCUGCACUGUGAUACUGAUGCUAAUUUUAAUUCCAAGUGGCUUAUUCUGGCUAAAUGCUGAAUCUGCUAUCUUUAUGGUCACUCGAGAUGAAAACCUGGCCAGCCUGUGUGCGCAAUACCUCCGUGUGAUGCCGUUUGCCAUUCCUGCCAUUGUGACGUUCGAGUGUUCCAAGAGAUAUCUCCAGUCGCAGAACAAGUUUAGUGCCCCCACUAGAAUAAUAUUCCUCGCUGUGCCCGUCAGCGUCGCACUGAACCAUCUGUUGAUUCCCCAAAUCGGUUUUUUGGCACCCCCGCUAGCAUUUGUGUCGACCUACUGGCUGAUUGCCAGUUCUCUAUGUCUUUACAUCUGGUUCAUCGACGGCUACCAAUGCUGGCACUAUAACACCACUUUCCGCCAACUUACCUCCGAAUGGGCCCCGUUCUUUUCUCUGGGACUUCCCGGUGUGCUCAUGAUCCUGUCGGAGGCUUUUGCGUUCCAAGUGAUCACGUUUCUGUCGGCAAAGUUCAGCUCGUUGGAACUGGCCUCGCAGUCGAUCGUCUCGACCGUCGCGUCGUUCGGCUUCCAGAUCCCGUUCUCGGUCGGUAUCUGCUGCUCUACACGGCUGGCCAACAUCAUCGGAGCCAAGUCCGAAAACUACAAGAUUGCCGUUACCGUGUCGCUGUUUGCGGCCUGCUUCCUCAGUGUCUUCAAUUUCUGCUGGAUGGCGCUAUUCAGAACCCGACUCACUAAACUGUUCACCAAUGACCCAGAACUCGUUGCCAACGCCAGCAAGCUGUUCCUGGUGGUUGCCUUCAACCAGUUUCUGGACUGUAUUAACGUCAUCUGUGCAGCCAUCCUACGAAGCCAGGGCAGGCAGCGGAUCGGAUCGCUGCUCAGCAUGAUAUGCUACUAUCUAAUAGCCACGCCUUUCGAGGUGCUUAUGGCGUUCAGCUGGAAUAUGAACGUGUUUGGGCUGUGGCUGGGUCUCGCAGUGGGUGUGGGUGCACUCUCGCUCGGCGAAUUAGCCAUUGUGCUCAAAUCCAAUUGGGAAUCGAUAAUUAUAAAAAACACGGACAUAGUUUGA